AUGGCCGCAACACCCUCGUACGAAUGGCGCGGCCCAUUCCAGAACAUCGAGGUGAACAACCUCCACGCCGAAUGUUUCGACCACGAGCCGAAGGACAUCGAUUGGCAAGCUCGCCUAGAUCGCCAUAGCCUUGGAUGGGUUUGCGCUCGCCACGGCGACCAACUCGUCGGCUUCGUCAACGUCGUUUGGGAUGGAGGCAAGCACGCAUUCGUGCUCGAUCUCAUGGUCGCCAAAAGCCAUCGGCACGCAGGUGUCGCGAAGACGAUGAUGAAGCAAGUCAUUGAACAGACGGAGUCUGCUGGAUGCGAGUGGCUCCAUGUGGACUUUGAGGAACGACUAAGGCCAUUCUACUUCGACGUAGUCGGUUUCCACGAGACGCAUGCUGGACUCAUCAGGCUCCGGCACACAUAA